GGCUACACAUAUUUCAAAAUUCAAACCCAAGUCAGUUAACCUGGGCAAUCGGUUCAUAGGGACGGGUAACAAGAUCCGGCCAAGCAUCCCAACAAUUAUGUUGCUCAAGAAAACCCCGCCCCUGUCAGGGUCCUCGGCGCCCCAUCGAUGUCUCGCAGACAGACUCAUCACCUGACAGAAGCUCCCUUCGCAAACUUAUCGACUUUGUGUCCUCGACUGAUCACAGCGCUAGCACGACUUUUGGUAAGAGCAAACCACCUCGACCCCAGCGACCCGGUGGGGUGUGCCAGCUCCAGCCUCCAGGACCCAGGAAUCCGUGACCGGGCACGCAUCAGUUUGCUGAUCGUCGAUGGAGGGGCCGGACUAUUCACCCACCACCCCUCCACGCUUCGAAGGAUCAGAUACGAUGUCAAUAUCGCCGACGCCUGCGGCAAACUCAUUUCCAGAUAUCAAGAACGAAAGGGAACCAACUACUCGCCAAGGGGUGGUAUGAGAUCUUUUCCCUCUCCAGUCUCCAUGAGCCCUCCCCUCCCGAACGCUGGCCUGCGACUAGCCGGGGUCUCUGCUUGCUUCGUGGUAUCCCUGACGCCACGACCGCAUCACGCAUGCAGUUCAACGCGCGUAGGCGCCAACAAGCAGCUCUGCGGGCUCCCUACGGCUCAGGACUCCCCAUCCGGUAUGGCCUUCCUCUGUACGACAUGUAGGAAGCUGGAGCUAUGCUGCAAUUUUGGACACAGGAGAGCCAGUCGCGGUAGCAGUUGCGCGCUAAAGUCGAAUCCUUUCGCGGUUGCGCCAGUUCCUCGAGCUCGGGAUUCCGAAGUAAUUCUGUACUCAUGCGAAUACAACUCGAUGCGAUGAAGCUGUGGGUCUUUGUUACUAAGUUUUCUUAUCUGUGAGCCGUCUUCCGGUUCCGCAUAUGCGUCAGUCCAGUUUGGCCAGGCGGACGUAUCUCCAGACUCUGAACGCUGUGCAGCAAACCAAGGCUUGUUGGAGCUACCCUGUGUCCUGUGACAAAUCACCACCAUCCGCGAAAUGAAAGCUUCGGCGGAUAUGGUCCCUUUUAGAAAAUCUUGUUGGUGCAUAUCGCGGCAAAAAUCACCACUGCGCCAUUCCCAAGCCCUCGGGUCUUCAAGUUAGCCACUGCUACAUGGCCA